AUGCAGGUCAACACCGAAAGGAGAGCUGUUGGAUUGCGCGAGAAGAUACCAGAUAUUCAAAAGACACUUGAAACAGUACAAUUUUUGAAGGCGAGAGGCCCGGACGCAGAACCUCUUGAGUCGAUUUUCGAGCUCAACGAUACGUUGUACGCCAAAGCCGAGGUCCCUCCAACAGACGAGGUGUACCUUUGGCUAGGUGCAAAUGUUAUGUUAGCAUAUCCUUUGGACGAGGCAGUAGAGCUUUUGAGAUCGAAGCACUCGGCAGCACAGCAGAGUUUGGACAAUUGCGAAGAAGAUUUGGACUUUCUGCGUGAGCAGAUCACGACUCUCGAGGUUGCUACUGCAAGAGUCUAUAAUUGGGAUGUUGCACAAAGAAGGAAAGAGAACGUUCAAGCCCAUAAAGCAAAAGAAUGA